UUACGCAUGCGCGCUGCCUUCCGUCUGCCCUCGUUUCCGGUGCGUACCGAGGGCCGGCUGCUCUGGUCGCUCGGCUUUGGCCUCCGGUGGACGAGAGUUGCGGAACCCGAGGGGCCAGGGACACCUGCGUGGGCGGCACCAGGAGGGCAAGGGCUGUGCGGACCCGGGUCUGCGCGGCUGGGCGGAGGCUCCAGUGGGAACGGAGUGCCGAGCCCGUGGUGGGCCGAAGGGGCCGAAGGGGCCGCAGGGGCCGGGCGGGCGGCGGCGGGACCUGGCGCUGCGGGCGGCAACCUCGGUGGCCCGGCUGACUCUUCGGGACGAUCUGCCUCCGCUUUUACUCUUCUACAUUCUUCCAAGAACAGUUGAAAAUGAAGAAAUCCUUGGGGCCCUUAUCAUUCAAGGAUGUGGCUGUGGACUUCACCCAGGAGGAGUGGCAGCAGCUGGAUGCUGAUGAGAAGACAACAUAUAGGGAUGUGAUGCUGGAAAACUACAACAACCUUGUCUCUGUGGGGUGUCACAUUAUCAAACCGGAUGUUAUCAUCAAGUUGGAACAAGGAGAAGAGCCAUGGAUAGUAGAAGGAGCAUUCCCACCUCAGAGCUACCCAGAUGAAGCCUGGCAAGCUGAUGACCUGAUGGAGAGAGUCCAGCAAGAUGCAGAUAUGUUCUUCAUCAAUAAAACCCUGGUUGAAGAGAGAGGUAACGUUUCUGGUAAAGCUUUUAAUGCAAAAAUGAGCCCUGUUCCUUCAAGAAAAAUAGCCUCUAAAUGUGAUGCCUGUGAAAAGAGUUUAACGUCUGUUUCAGAAUACAUUAGUAGUGAUGGAAGCUAUGCAAAAAUGAAACCUGAUGAAUGUAGUGGAUGUGGAAAAUCACUCCUCCACGUUAAACUUGAGAAAACACAUCCAGGAGAUGAGUAUGGAGGAACUUAUACCAUAAAUGAAGAGAGUAUUUAUCAGAAAGUACGUAUUCUGGAGAAACCUUUUGAAUACAUCGAAUGCCAGAAAGCCUUCCAGAAGGACUCAGUUUUUGUUAAUCACAUGGGGGAAAAGCCCUAUAAUUGGAAUGAAUCCGAAAUAGCCUUUCUCCAGAUGUCAGACCUCAGUGGCCAUCAGAGAUCUCACGUGGACAUGAAGUCCUAUGAAUGUCGGGAAUGUGGGAAGUCCUUCUGUAAAAAGUCAAAAUUCAUUAUUCACCAGAGGACUCACACAGGAGAGAAACCUUAUAAAUGUAACCAGUGUGGGAAGUCUUUCUGCCAAAAGGGAACGCUCACGGUACACCAGAGAACCCACACAGGGGAGAAGCCCUACGAAUGUAACGAAUGCGGGAAAAACUUCUACCAGAAGCUACACCUUAUCCAACACCAGAGAACUCAUUCGGGAGAGAAGCCCUAUGAAUGCGGUUAUUGUGGGAAAUCCUUCUGCCAGAAGACGCACCUCACACAGCACCAGAGGACACACUCAGGGGAGAGGCCCUAUGUGUGUCACGACUGUGGCAAGACCUUCUCCCAGAAGUCAGCACUUAACGACCACCAGAAGAUUCACACAGGUGUGAAGCUGUACAAGUGCAGUGAGUGUGGCAAGUGCUUCUGCCGCAAGUCCACACUCACUACCCACCUGAGGACACACACAGGCGAGAAGCCGUAUGAGUGCAACGAAUGUGGGAAGUUCUUCUCACGUCUCUCGUACCUCACUGUGCACUAUCGCACCCACUCUGGGGAGAAGCCCUACGAGUGUGCUGAGUGUGGGAAAACCUUCUACUUGAACUCGGCCCUGUUGCGGCACCAGAGAGUGCACACGGGAGAGAAGCCAUAUGAGUGCAGUGAGUGUGGCAAGCUCUUCUCCCAGCUUUCCUACCUCACCAUCCAUCACCGGACACACUCUGGAGUGAAGCCCUACGAGUGCAGUGAGUGUGGGAAAACCUUCUACCAGAACUCCGCCCUGUGCAGACACCGCAGGAUCCAUCGAGGAGAGAAGCCCUACGAGUGCUACAUCUGUGGGAAGUUCUUCUCUCAGAUGUCCUACCUCACCAUCCACCACAGAAUCCACUCAGGAGAAAAGCCCUAUGAGUGUAGUGAGUGUGGGAAAACCUUCUGCCAGAACUCAGCCCUUAACAGACACCAGAGAACACACACAGGUGAGAAAGCCUAUGAAUGCUACGAGUGUGGGAAGUGCUUCUCCCAGAUGUCCUAUCUCACCAUCCAUCACCGGAUCCAUUCCGGAGAGAAGCCCUUUGAAUGUAAUGAGUGUGGUAAAGCCUUCUCUCGGAUGUCAUACCUCACUGUGCACUACAGAACCCAUUCAGGAGAGAAACCCUAUGAAUGUACUGAGUGUGGGAAGAAAUUCUACCACAAGUCAGCAUUCAAUAGCCAUCAGAGAAUCCAUAGGAGAGGGAAUGUGAGUGUAGUUGAUGUGGGACAGCUUCUCUGAAGUCAGACCUCAGACAGCCCUUUCAAUACAAUGAGCAAGAAACUCCUACCGGAAGUCAAACACUACUGUACAGUUGGCUCUGUAUCCAUGGGUUCUAUAUCUGGAUUCAACCACUCAGAAAUAUUUGGUAAAAAAAUUGUACCUGUACUGAGUACAUGAAGACUUUUCUUGUUAUUCCCUAAAUAAUACAGUAUAACAACUAUUUGCAUUGUAUUAGUUAUUAUAAGUAACCUAGAGGUGAUCUGAACUGUAUGGGAGGAUUACAUAGAUUAUAUGCAAAUACUACACAGUUUUACCAAAGGGCCUAAGCAUCUACAGAUGGAAUUGGAGGGAGCAGGUCCUGGAACCAACACCCACUCCCAGCCCAACCUCAUAGAGAAGAGGCACUGCAUCUGAGAGCUCACGCAGGUGAGUGUGAAUAAGCCCCAUGCAUUAGUCAUCAUCGGCAUUCACAGGCAGAAACCAUGAUUGUACCAAGACCAUAUGACUUGUUAAAUACUAGACUAUAUCGGAGUAGGAAUAUAUAAAUACUUAGAAUAUAUGUGUGUGUGUGUUUGUGUGUGUGUGUGAGUGAGUGAGAGAGUGUGUUUCACCUAGGAUUCAAACUGCUUUGCAUAUCAGGGAAUUCUGUUAGUUUAAGGAAUGUGGAAACAUACUCUUUUGGAAAUUGUUAAUACUAAAAGACAAUUCUGGUGUAAAAACAAACUUGUAAAAAAAAAAAAGAAAGAAAGACAAGAUAGCUGCUGUUCCCGAGUUCGAUCCCCGAUACCAAAAAAAAAAAAAAAA